GCAGAGCCUGUAGUUGUGAAGGUAACGAAACCCAGCAUUACACAAGGGUUGGCGCUGUGGUGGGAAAGUCAGAUCGUGACAGGCUAACAGCGGCGAACUGUAAACAUGGCGGCGUGCACAGCUACAGGGCUGUGUCGAGAACCCCGUUACUACUAGUUUGAGAGACGGAGACACCUCAAAAAUGGAGACCGAAGAGGAGCAGCACAUCACCACGCUCCUCUGCAUGGGUUUCCCCGAUCCGGACGUUAUUCGGAAAGCGCUCCGUCUGGCAAAGAAUGACAUUAACGAGGCAGUGGCGCUGCUGACAAACGAAAGCCCCGGACUCGGGUAUGGAUAUGAGCCGAUGGAGAGUGGACCUGCCCCAGGCUUGGGCUCGAGUGGGGACGGAGAAACUAGCGGGCGCACAGGAACGGGUGGUUUUGAUCCACCUCCUGCAUACCNUUCCACGUGUGUAUUGCAGAGGAGCAAUGACGAGAAUGGGAACUGCUCAGGGGGAAGCAUGGAGUUUCCCACCACCAACCUGUAUGAGCUGGAAAGUCGAGUCUUUACUGAUCACUGGUCCAUACCGUAUAAGAGAGAGGAGUCUCUCGGCAAGUGCCUCAUCGCAUCCACCUGCCUCGCCAAGCACAGUCUUGCAGAUGCCGAUGAGAACUGCAAGCGCUUUAUGGAUCGCUGCAUGCCAGAGGCCUUUAAGAAAUUGCUGACCAGCAGUGCUGUACACAAAUGGGGCACCGAGAUUCACGAGGGCAUAUACAACAUGCUCAUGUUGUUGGUGGAGCUGGUCGCAGAGAGAGUCAAGCAAGACCCAGUACCUGUCAACCUAAUGGCAGUCCUGACUAUGGCCUUCAACCCUGAUAAUGAGUACCAUUUCAAGAAUCGGAUGAAGGCCUGUCAAAGGAACUGGGCUGAAGUUUUUGGAGAUGAGGCCAACAUGUUUGCUGUCUCUCCCAGUAACAGCUAUCAGAAAGAGCCUCAUGGUUGGCUGGUGGAUUUAGUGAAUCGAUUUGGAGAAUUAGAAGGAUUCACUGCCAUCCAGACUAAGCUCAACACGGAGGAAAUUGAAAUUGCUUGUGUGUCUGCUCUGGUCCAGCCUCUUGGAGUCUGUGCAGAAUAUCUGAACUCCAGCCUCGUCCAGCCCAUGCUUGACCCAGUCAUCCACAAAAUGAUCACAUAUGUGCAGAACCUGGAAGAAAAAGAUCUUAAAGACAAGCGCCUGGUCAGCAUCCCCGACCUGCUGUCAGCCAUCAAGUUGCUGUGCAUGAGGUUUCAGAGGGAACUAGUGGCUGUGGUGGACGACCUGCGACUCGACACUCUGCUGCGUAUGCUUAAAACCCCCCACUUCUCCACAAAGAUGAACUCCCUGAAAGAGGUGACGAAGUUAAUAGAAGAGAGCACUGUGUCUAAGUCAGUGAAAAAUGCCAUUGACACAGACAAACUGCUUGACUGGUUGGUGGAGAAUUCAGUCUUAUCAAUAGCACUGGAGGGUAAUAUUGAUCAAGCUCAGUACUGUGAAAGGAUAAAGGGAAUCAUUGAGCUUCUGGGAAGUAAACUGUCACUUGAUGAACUCACCAAAAUCUGGAGAAUACAGGCGGGCCAGUCAUCAACUGUGAUAGAAAACAUUCACACAAUCAUUGCUGCUGCUGCUGUGAAGUUCAGUUUUGACCAACUUACCCACCUCUUUGUGCUCAUACAGAAGAGCUGGGAGAUCGAGAGCGACCGCGUGAGGCAGAAGCUGCUCAGUUUGAUCGGGAGGAUUGGCAGAGAAGCUCGCUCUGAAACUACAACUGGAAAGGUGCUGGAGGUGCUGUGGGAUUUGGCUCAUCUCCCCACCCUCCCUACCAGUCUGGUUCAGGAGGCGUUGGUUGAACACCUGGGGAUUCUGAGUGAUGCUUAUGCUGUUAAAGAGACUGUGAAACGCAGCUACAUCAUUAAAUGUAUUGAAGACAUUAAGAAGACUCACACUCAGGAGGACAGUAAAGGCAGCGACACACAAAGCUCAUUUCUUACUGGCACUUGGGGCAAGAAGAAAUCUAGCACUUUGACCAAAGCCUCACAGCAGAGCACUCCUCAGGCGGUCUGGGUCGUCCCUGCUCUCCGUCAGCUGCACGAGAUCACUCGCUCUUUCAUCAAGCAGACCUACCAGAAACAAGACAAGAGCAUCAUUCAGGACCUGAAGAAGAACUUUGAGAUUGUUAAACUCAUAACAGGGUCUCUUGUGUGCUGCCACCGUCUUGCCGUCACUGCUGCAGGAAGUAAUGGACUCUCAGGGUCUACCCUGGUGGAUGGACGAUACACCUACCAAGAGUAUCUGGACAGCCACCUGCGCUUCCUGGCCUUCUUCCUCCAGGAGGCCAGUCUCUACCUGGUCUGGAACAGAGCCAAAGAACUCUGGGAGUGUCUGGUGUCAGGGCCUGAUGUCUGUGAACUGGAUCGUGAGAUGUGUUUUGAGUGGUUCACUAAAGGACAACAUGACCUGGAGAGUGAUGUUCAGCAGCAACUCUUCAAGGAGAAAAUCUUAAAACUGGAGCCCUAUGAGAUCACCAUGAAUGGUUUUAAUCUGUUCAAGACUUUCUUUGAGAAUGUUAAUCUCUGUGAUCAUCGCCUAAAACGCCAAGGAACUCAGCUGUGUGUGGAGCGCCUUGACUUAGCAGGGAUGGAUUUUAUUUGGCGUAUCGCCAUGGAAACCCCUGAUGAAGAAAUAGCCAAUGAAGCAAUCCAACUCAUCAUCACUUACAGCUACACUAACCUCAAUCCCAAAAUGAAGAAGGAUUCAGUAUCUUUGCACAAGAAGUUCAUUGCAGAUUGUUACAAGAGACUUGAGGCAGCCAGUUCAGCCCUCGGUGGGCCAACUCUGACCCACGCAGUUACUAGAGCAACUAAGAUGCUGACGGCCACUGCCAUGCCGACAGUGGCCACAUCUGUACAAUCACCAUCCAGGUCUACUAAGCUGGUAAUAAUUGAAAGACUGCUGCUAUUGGCUGAACGCUACGUCAUCACUAUAGAGGACAUGUACUCAGUUCCUCGUACUAUUCUACCUCAUGGAGCUUCUUUUAAUGGACACCCCGUUACUCUUCACAUCACCUAUGAGUCAACCAAAGACACUUUUACCAUAGAGACCCACAGUAAUGAGACAAUAGGAAGUAUCCGGUGGAAGAUAGCAGAGCACUUAAGCUGUCCAGUGGAUAAUGUCCAGAUCUUUGCCAAUGACAGUGUGUUGACCAUGAAUCGUGACCAGAAGCUGCUGUCGCAGCUCGGCUUCAGUGAUGAGCAGAGUCUGACUGUGAAAAGCUCAGGAACUGGAACGCCUUCUGGCAGCUCAGAAUCUUCUGCCUCAGCCUCAAGCAGCUCCAGCUCGGCUGUCUUCAACUCAGCCUAUGCCUUGGAACAGGAAAAGGCCCUCCCUGGUGUGGUGAUGGCUUUGGUGUGUAAUGUCUUUGAGAUGCUGUACCAGUUGGCCAAUCUUGAUGAAACCAGGAUUACACUUCGUGUAAGGAAGCUGCUUUUGCUCAUCCCGACUGACCCAGAAGUGCAGGAUGCCCUAGACAACUUUGUUCCUAAGGAAUCGAGUGUCUGGAGCCACCAGAAGACUCUGUUCACCCUCGGAGUGGGAACAGGCUCACGCUCUCCAUCAAUGACUUCCAAACAACAGCACCAGCCCAGUGCUGCAUCCAUUUUAGAGUCUCUCUUUAGGUCCUCAGCACCUGGCAUGUCCACCUUCAGAGUGCUCUACAAUUUAGAGGUGCUGAGCUCGAAGCUCAUGCCCACAUCUGAUGAUGAGAUGGCCAAAACCAGUAGCAAGUCUUUCUGUGAGAAUUUCCUAAAAGCUGGGGGACUGAGUCUGGUCGUAAAUGUGAUGCAGAGGGAUUCAAUCCCAUCAGAGGUUGACUAUGAGACCAGACAAGGAGUCUACUCUAUCUGUCUUCAGUUAGCCAGGUUCCUUCUGGUUGGUCAGAGCAUGCCUGCAACACUCGACGAUGAUGUCAUCAGAGACGGUGAUGCCCUGUCGUCCCGUCCGUUUCGUAACGCAAGUAGAAGUGGUCGGCAGCUAUCUCUUUGUGGAACUCCAGAAAAGUCCUCAUACAGACAGAUGUCUCUUGGUCCUCCAGGUUCUGUGUUUUACAAGCCAAUUGUUUUCUCUCUUCUUCAGACCAUGGAGGUGGAUGACUUUACCUCCACUGUGGCCUGUUUCAUGCGUCUGACCUGGGCAGCUGCAGCUGGCAGAUUGGACCUUGUUGGUAGCCCACAGCCAAUCAGAGAGACCCACGGCUUACUCAUGUCACAGGGAGUCCGCACCAGAGUCAGCAGUACAGGUAGUAACUGCAGCUCCAGCAGCGAGGGGGAGUCCAUACCCACUGCAUUACACGCAGGAAUCUGUGUCAGGCAGCAGAGUGUCUCCAUUAAGGACGCCAUCAUCGCCCGUGAGGCCCUGUCGCUGCUGGUUACUUGUCUGCAGCUACGCUGUCAGCAGCUGUGUUCCUUUUACAACCUUCCCUCGGUCAAUGAUUUCAUUAUUGAUAUUCUUCUUGGGUUUCCUAGUGAGGAGAUCCGACGUGUGGCUUGUGACCAACUGUACACUCUCAGCCAGUCUGACACUUCAGCUUUCAACGAACUGCAGAAACCCAACCUGUUCCUGCUCUCAGUCGUUCUCACAGCUCAACUGCCUCUGUGGAGUCCAACAUCUAUCAUGAGAGGAGUCAACCAGAGGUUAUUGUCUCAGUGCACAGAGUACUUUGACCUAAGAUGUCAGCUUCUGGAUGACCUAACCACCUCAGAGAUGGAGGCUUUAAAAGUGAGUGCAGCCACCAUGCUGGAGGAUGAGAUCUCCUGGCUCGAUAACUUUGAGCCCAGCUGGAGCUCUGAAAUGGAGACCAGUGAAGCAGACAACAUUCUCCUGGCUGGUCAUCUCCGACUCAUCAAGACUCUGCUGUCACUCUGUGGAAAUGAGAAAGAACAUCUUGGUCCAUCUCUAAUCCAGCAAUUGUUGGACGACUUCCUAUUUCGAGCCUCACGCAUCAUCAUCAACAGCUCCAACUCCACACCAUCACCAGCUCCCAGCCAUGAUUUCCAUCCCAAGUGCAGCACAGCCAGCAGCAGACUGGCAGCCUACGAGGUUCUUGUCAUGCUGGCAGACAGCUCUCUCUCCAACCUUCGCCUUAUCACCAGAGAGUUACUGUCCAUGCACCACCAGUCGGAUCCUUCCCUCUGUAAAGAGUUUGAUUAUCUGCCGCCCGUUGAGAGCAGAUCAGUCUCUGGAUUCGUUGGACUAAAAAAUGGUGGAGCCACGUGUUACAUGAACGCAGUCUUUCAGCAGCUCUACAUGCAGCCAGGCCUGCCAGAGGCGUUCCUGUCUAUUGAGGAUGACACAGACCAGCCAGAGGAAAGUGUCUUCUACCAGGUCCAGUCUUUGUUUGGACAUCUGAUGGAGAGCAAACUACAGUACUAUAUUCCUGAAAACUUCUGGAAGAUCUUCAAGAUGUGGAACAAAGAGCUGUAUGUCAGAGAACAACAGGAUGCCUAUGAGUUCUUCACAAGUCUUGUGGACCAGCUUGAUGAACAUCUCAAGAAAAUGGGCCGAGAGCAAAUAUUCAAAAACACAUUUCAGGGAAUUUUCUCAGACCAGAAGAUUUGUAAAGACUGUCCUCACAGGUAUGAGCGUGAGGAAACAUUCAUGGCAUUGAACCUGGGAGUGACUUCCUGUCAGAGUUUAGAGAUCUCCUUGGACCAGUUUGUCAGAGGAGAGGUGCUGGAGGGCAGCAACGCCUACUACUGUGAGAAAUGCAAAGAAAAGAGAACCACUGUGAAAAGAACAUGCAUCAAAUCCCUUCCUAGUGUCCUUUGCAUUCACCUCAUGCGAUUCGGCUUUGACUGGGAGAGUGGACGCUCCAUUAAAUAUGACGAACAGAUCAGGUUCCCCUGGGUGUUGAACAUGGAGCCUUACACCGUCUCUGGAAUGGCUCGUCAGGACUGUAGCGGAGAAGGCGAGAGCCGAGGAGAUGGGGCGUCUGGAGGUUCCCCCAGGAAGAAAGUUACAAUUUCAGAGAACUAUGAACUUGUGGGAGUCGUUGUCCACAGCGGUCAGGCACAUGCCGGCCAUUACUACUCCUUCAUCAAGGACAGACGUGGUGGCGCCCGGGGACGUUGGUACAAGUUCAACGACAACGUGGUGGAAGAGUUUGAUAUGAAUGAUGAAACUCUUGAGUACGAGUGCUUCGGAGGAGAAUAUCGCCCCAAAGUCUAUGACCAGUCCAAUCCCUACCCUGACGUGCGGAGGAGAUACUGGAACGCAUACAUGCUGUUUUAUCAGAAGAUCAGCGACCAGAACUCACCCGUUCUGCCCAAAAAGAGCAGAGUGAGCAUCAUGAGGCAGGAAGCCGAGGACCUUACACUAUCUGCUCCAUCCUCUCCCGAUGUGUCCCCGCAAUCUUCCCCGCGCCCCCCGAGGGCCAACAACGACCGCCUCACCCUCCUCACACGUCUGGUCCGCAAAGGAGAGAAGAAAGGCCUAUUUGUAGAGAAGAUGCCGGCCAGCAUCUAUCAGAUGGUACGAGAUGAAAAUCUGAAGUUUAUGAGGAACCGAGACGUCUACAACAGCGACUACUUCAACUUCACCCUCUCUCUAGCCUCUGUCAAUGCAACGAAACUGAAGCAUCCAGACUACCAACCUAUGGCCAAAGAAAGUCUUCAGCUUGCAGUUCAUUUUCUUUUCCAUACUUACCUCCACACCAAAAAGAAACUCCGGGUGGACACAGAGGAGUGGAUGGCCACAGUGGAGGUGUUGCUGUCCAAGAGCAGUGAGGCGUGUCAGUGGAUGGUGCAGUACCUGGUUGGGCCAGAGGGACGAGAGAUCACCAAGGUUUGUCUGUUAGAGUGCAGCUUGAGGGAGGUGAGGGUGGUGGUCGCGUCCAUCCUGGAGAAGACCCUGGAGAGUGCUCUACAUUUUAAAGAUCCAGGAUUGGAUAAUCUGAUGGACGCCCUGCUGUCCUUAUUAGACAAGGACGUUCCUGAGAAUGUGAAGAGCUGUGCACAGUACUUCAGCCUCUUCAGUAGCUUUGCUCAGAGGGGUUGUGGACCAUCACAGUUGCUGUUGAAACACUCAGCUUAUCGCCGGUUGCUCAUUUUCCUGUUGGGAACCAACAGACAGAAUAACCAGAACCGACGGUGGAGCCCAGCACAGGCGCGGGAGUUCCUUCACCUCCACAGCGCUCUGGCACUCAUUACUCUGCACUCUGACAUCAGUUCACAGCGGACACACGCUUCCGGUGACUUUAAGCUGCAGGCGAGUAACUUCUCAUCCUCCACGUCACUGCUGCCCCUCCACAAUGACGUUCUGACCUCACUUUUCACUCCAGAAGGACAGCCUUACCUUUUAGAGGUGAUGUUUGCCAUGCGUGAGUUGUCAGGUCCACUGUCUGUCCUAAUAGAGAUGGUGACCUACUGCUCCUACUGCAACGAGCCGUUCUCCCUGGGCGUGCUGCAGCUCCUUAAGGCCCAGCUGGAGUCGGCUCCACCUCAUGAACUGAAGAACAUUUUCCAGAUGCUGCAGGAGCUAUUAGUAGUGGAAGACCCACUGCAGACACAGAGACUCAAGUAUGCCUUUGAGUCAGAGAAAGGCCUCCUAGCCUUAAUGCACCAGAGCAACAACAUGGACAGCAGACGCUGCUACCAGUGUGUGAAGUUCCUGGUUACAUUAGCCCAGAAGUGUCCUCCAGCCAAGGACUACUUUAAAGACUUGUCUGGUCACUGGAGCUGGGCAGUGCAGUGGCUACAGAAAAAGAUGACAGAGCAUUACUGGACCCCUCAGAGUAAUGUCUCCAACGAGACGUCAACCAACAAAACCUUCCAGCGUACCAUUUCUGCACAGGAUACCUUAGCCUAUGCCACAGCGCUGUUAAAUGAGAAGGAGCAGUCUGGCAGCAGUAACGGCUCGGACGGAAGUCCAGCAAAUGAAAGCGCAGACCGCAGCCUGCGACAGGGGUCAGAGUCUCCCAUGAUGCUCGGCGACUCGAAGAGUGAUCUGGAAGACGUGGAUCCGUAGCUGCUCUCUAACCAGCAGGAUGCCUCUGACGGAGUGGCGGCACAGCUGCGGGCAGCCAGUGGAAAAGGCUGCACUCUGCCUCUGAUUGGUCGGAACAUUCUGGGACUAAACAACAUGCCAAUCAGAACAGAAAACUCACUCCCCCUGUUGCCACGGCAACGCAGGAGCUAUGAAUAAACCAUGAACGACUUGCCGUGGUGAUGAUGGGUCCGCAUCAACGCUGAAGGCAGCAUAAGUUAAGACCAGUGGAAAAGUGGCAAAAGAAAAAAAGAACCCUCCACAAUCAUGGAUGACUUCAGUUGAUCUUUUUGUUCAUUCAUUCACUCAGAAUGACAGAAAGCAGUGGGAUGUGUUUGGGUUGUGUUUUAAGAAUUUCUUGGUCAUAUUUGCCAAUGUAUCUACAUAAACAUAUUGUACAAAAAAAAUUGUUCCAUAGAUGUGACGUCCAGUGUAAGAUAUUUUAAAGUCUCCUGCGCUCUUUUCUCAGCCAUGCAAUUCAUGAGAGGACACAGCGGUCACUCUAGAGGAACUGUCUUACACACACACUCACACACGCACUUGUACAGGAAUGCAUACACAGGAACACUUGGGAGAGGGCGGGGUUAAGCAUGCACUUUAUAGUCCAGCCCAGUACAGCGGUUCCUCUGGAGACCCUCGUGUGCCUGUGCCCUCUUUUCUUUUUCUUUCUUUUUUUUUGUUUUUUUUUACAGCUUUUGUUUUCAGUGCCACUCACUCAGAAACACAGGAGCCCUGACACACGUCCUGUGACCUGACCUUUGGUCCCCUGGUGACCAGUGUGGCCAAAGGGGACACAGUCAAGAGUCAAGUCUGUCCUAGAAAAGAGGACAGAUCCAGGCCAUCAGCAGGUCUGGCAGAAGCAGUGCUAUGGUCGGCACUUUCUCCUCUCCUCCUCCGUGCUUCCUGACAGGAAGACCGACCUGCUGGAUUUUUAAUCCUCACAUUACUGUGUUUUAUUUCCUUUGACUCUGGAUGGAUUGAUUACUGGAGAGGAUGCUUAUUGGGACUCAAGCCUUAUGCAAGAAAAGCUGAUCUAGAUGUGCACAGAUCAGCCAUGGUGGGCCGUCAGUGCCAACUGAGUCAGAGCUCAGCAGCAUGUUUUAUUUUUAGGUGCCAAGGCAACAAUACACAAAGAUAAACAGACAAAUGUUCUUCUGAAUAUGGUACAACAUUCACUCCUCCACUGCUCUCACAGUCACAAAGAACAGGUGCUCCUUGUCUCGCUGUUACCUCUGCUUUAUCAGGUUUUGAUUCUUUUGCCUUUUUGCUCUUUGUUUCACUCACGGGAAACGCACUCACCCACAGGAGCCGGACACAGAUGUAGCUGUAGUUUCACUCUGAACCAUCACCUGUGCGUCUGUAGUCGCUGCCUCAAUCAUCGGGAGACUUGAAGUGCCUUAACCUCCCGACCUUUUUUUCCCCCUCUGUGCCGCUGUACCGUCAUCUGUCCGAGGAGGUGUGUCCACCUCUCCUUCUCCUCACUGCACCAAAUCGUCUCACUGUAGAAGUGCGACGGGGCUGUUUGACUCCUGUUACUCCAACGUCGCACAGGGAGGAUUUUCUCUGUGUGCUGAGUUCAAGGACUGUUGGAAUGUGUGUUUUGGAGGAGGCUGGAGGUGUUGGGCUUCAUCUUGAAUGAAACAGGGUUUAGGUGACAGGACAGAGCAUGGGUGGAACUUCAAAUGCUGCUCGUCUUCCCUCUGCCCUCAAGCAGAGACAUUUCGUAGAUAGGCGGUUCACACUUAGCUAGUUUAAAAAAGGCCACACACACACACCCACACACACACACUUUCACUUCUGAAGACCCACAUGUUCAUCAGCUUAGGUCUCAGCUUUAACGGGUGAAUGUUUACAGUGUGAGGACCUAAGAAGCUGUCAUGCAAAACGCUUUUCUGUCAACAUGUGGUCAGUCCACUGACGCUCCACAUGUCUCUCUUCUUUCCCACUCUCUCACUUGAUGUGAAGGUCACUUUGUGCUCCCCAGCACAUUUGCAUGUGUGGCAGUUAGUGGUGGUGAAGUUUGUCUUUUUUGUGGGUCAGAGAUAAGGGAAGAAGAGAGAGAUAAAAAAAAACCUCCAUGUAGUUUGCUGUCGUGUCUUUUGGUCAUUUCCAUUUGCUGUUACAAUCACACACCCACCAGUGUGGCUGGUAACGUGCUGUUUAAUGGAGCUCCGCCCGCUCUGACAUGGCCACGGCAACGUGGUUCACAAUCACGUGAAAGUCCCUGCCUGUUCUGUCCAAUCACUGCAUUUACACCAGAGUCUUUAUUUUAUUGUUGGGGUCUGGGGAGGGAUGACGAAGAGUGUGGGUGGGGAUCAGCAUCUCUACGGGUUUUUACUGUAAGUCAACUUUGAAAAAUCACGUCUGUCAUCACAGGAUUCUGUAAUGCAUGUUAAAACGUCAUUUUUAAUUUGUACAUCAGAGUUUGAUUAAGGGGAAAUUUGAUAUAAAAAUAAACUGGAAUGCAAAAUG